GCUGGCCACCUUCACCACCUUCCUGCUUGCGUCUCCGGAGAACGUGCUCGACGCCAAGAGAGCGUUCGUGUCCAUCUCCCUCUUCAACCUCAUGCGGAUGCCCUUGAUCCAGCUGCCGUCCACCAUCUCGCAGCUGAUCCAGGCAAACGUCGCCCUUCAGAGAGUCCAGAAGUUUAUCUCAGCGGACGAUAUAGACCCAACGGCAGUGUGCAAGGACCGUUCAGAGGCUAAUGCCAUUGCCAUCCGAGGCGGCAAAUUCAGCUGGGAAGGGGAUGAGCGUCAGUCAGCGUGGCGGCUGGAAAACAUCGACCUGGAAGUUGGCCAUAGGAAACUGGUGGCAGUGGUGGGAUCCGUGGGAGCCGGCAAGAGCUCUCUCAUCUCGGCGCUCUUGGGGGAGAUGAAGAAGGAAGCAGGCAGGGUCGUGGUAAAUGGCCGCGUGGCGUAUGUAUCCCAACAAGCAUGGCUCCAGAAUGCGACCCUAAGGGACAACAUCAUUUGGGGAGAAGUCUUCGACGCCAAAAGGUACAAUAAGGUGGUCAAAGCCUGCGCGCUUCAGCCUGACCUCGACAUGCUACCUGGAGGAGACAUGACCGAGAUUGGAGAGAAGGGCAUCAACCUGAGCGGCGGCCAGAAGCAGCGCGUGUCCCUGGCCCGAGCCGCCUACAGCGACGCCGACAUCGUCCUCUUCGACGACCCCCUCAGCGCCGUCGACGCUCACGUAGGCCGCUACAUCUUCGACAACGUCAUCGGGCCUCAGGGGAUACUGCGGGACAGGACUCGGCUCCUGGUGACCCACGCCGUGACCUUCCUCCCCCGCGUUGACGAAGUGGUGGUGAUGGAGGGCGGGCGAGUGGUGGAGAAGGGCAGCUACGCCGAAUUGGUGGCGAAACAGGGGGAUUUCGCCAACUUUGUUCUCCAACGCAUCAAAGACACGACAGACAAGGAGGCUGAUAAAGAAUUUGAAGAGCUCUUUGAACAGCUGGAGCAAGUGACAGGGGCUGAGCCCCUCCUUCGCCAGUUGUCGUUGAGAUCCAGCAGGACUUCUGUUAACACUAUUGGCAGCGAGACCGACAUCCGAGGCAGGAGGAUCCGAAGCAUAAGCGAGACGGUGGUCAGUUCGGUCGACCGCCGGCACAGCCCAGACCGGCGGGCAACCAAACUCUCCAGCGCCUCCCUGAACCGAAAAACGGGACGGCAGUGCGGCAGUGACAACCACCACGAACCCGGACGACGUCACAACUGCACGGACGCCGCUCUGGACAAGAAUUACCGAAGUCAGAGCUUCGCGAACGGCUUGCAAGGGAGUAGGACGUCGAUUCAUAGCGGGAAGAGUGAGUUCGAGCGGAUGGCCAGUCUGGAGGAGCCGCUGAGCGAUGGCGACGGGGGGGAGGGCGAGCACGAGGGGAAGAGGCUGGUCGAAGACGAGACGGCGGAGACGGGGAAGGUGUCGAGGAAGAUGUACCUGGUUUACGGAAAAUCUAUGGGCGUGUUCUUCGCCAUUAUGCCGAUCGUUAUGAUGUCUCUGUCGCAGGCCAGCACAGCCGGCAGCAAUGUAUGGCUGUCGGUCUGGUCGAGUGUGGGCGAAUCCUCCCCAGCCCCAAGCGCUCUCAACAGUACAGGCGGCCUGGACACCAGCGCCAACGACACAGGCCUGGAUCCCGCGUCCGGUGGCUCUGCUUUUACGAAAGACAUUUUCCUUGGUGUCUAUGCGGCCUUAGGUGUUGGGCAAGUCUUCUUCAUGUUCCUGGGGAUGCUGACGCUGUUGCUGGGCUGCCUCCGCUCGUCGCGAGUCCUUCACCAGCGCCUCCUGGACAGCGUCCUGCGUCUGCCCAUGAGCUUCUUCGACACCAACCCCAGCGGGAGGAUCAUCAACAGGUUCAGCAAGGAGGUUAGCGUCCUGGACAACACCCUCCCAGACAGCACGCGGUUCAUCCUCUCGUGUAUCACUCAGGUGGUGUCAACAUUGAUAGUCAUCUUAGCCGCUACUCCAGAGGCUGGCUUCUUUAUCCUCCCCAUCAUGGUUGUUUACUACAUUAUUCAUAUCUUAUAUAUCGCUUCUUCGAGGCAACUGAAACGCAUUGAAUCGGUGUCCAAGAGCCCCAUCUAUUCCCACUUCGGCGAGACACUGCAAGGAGUGUCAGUCAUCCGGGCUUACAAGAAGGAGCAAGAGUUCUACGAGUCGUCCCAGAGGAAAAUCGAGUCUUCUCUAAAGGCCGCGUACAUUAAUAUUAUGCUAAACAGAUGGGUGGCCGUGAGCCUGGAAAUGCUUGGCAAUCUGAUCACCUUCGCGGCCGCAAUAAUGGGCGUGGCCGGGCGGGGCUCCAUCAACUCGGGCGUCGUGGGGCUGUCCAUCACCUACGCCCUCAAUGUGACACUCUUCCUGAACUGGCUCGUGCGCGUGGCGUCUGAUAUGGAGGCGAACAUCGUUUCUGUCGAGAGGAUUUGUGAAUACAUGCAGAUAGACCGCGAGGCAGCCUGGACGGCGCCCGACACGCCCGCCUCGUGGCCCGACGAAGGCCGCGUCUCCUUCAGGAACUACCAGACGCGCUACAGGCCCGGCCUCGACCUCGUCCUCAAGGGCAUCACGUGCUCCUUCAAACCCGGAGAGAAGGUGGGCAUCGUCGGGCGCACGGGGGCAGGGAAGUCGUCCUUGACCAUGGCUCUGUUCCGCAUCAUCGAGGCCGCGGGAGGCGAGAUCGACAUCGACAAGGUCAACAUCGCGGACGUCGGCCUCCACGACCUGAGGGGGAGAGUCAGCAUCAUUCCUCAGGACCCGGUUCUGUUCAGCGGGUCCUUGCGCCUCAACCUGGACCCGCUCGCCACCCGCUCCGACGCCGACAUCUGGCGGGCGCUGGAGCUGGCGCAUCUCGCGGAGUACAUUCGAGGCCAGCCCUUGGGCCUAGAGCACCCGGUGGACGAGGAGGGGUCCAACUUCAGCGUUGGCCAGAAGCAGCUGGUGUGCCUCGCCCGCGCCCUCCUGAGGAACUCGCGCAUUCUGGUCCUGGACGAGGCCACGGCCGCCAUUGACCUGGAGACGGAUGACCUGAUCCAGGCCACCAUCAGGUCGCAGUUCGCGCACUGCACCGUCCUCACCAUCGCGCAUCGACUCAACACUAUCAUGGAUAGUGACAGAGUAUUGGUGCUGGACCAAGGCAAAAUAGCAGAGUUUGCCCCUCCCUCCGAGCUCCUGGCCAAUCACGACUCCGUUUUCUUUGGAAUGGCCAAGGAUGCUGGACUCGUCUAAGUCAGUACUAUUCGCCACAGGAGACAAUCCACAUUAUUUAGCGUGGACGAGAUUAAGUGGGAAGUGAACGGGCAGGUGGAUGGACGACCUCAUACGAGAUCAUACCAUCUUGUCCGGAUAGAAUUCUGACUUAACGAGUACUUCCCAUGGCUAUAUUUCAGGUCGCAUAAAACUUUGCAUGUCUCAUGAUUGCCUCAUCGCCCCCAACCACCUACCUCUCCCUCUCUGUUUCUGAGACGAGGCAGCUGACCCGUCCAUUGGCAACACAGGCAGCUCUGGACUCAGGGAGAACAGAAUCCCUAUUAUGACGGGAAAUACUCAAUGAAUUGUACAUGUUUUAGUGGUAUAUAACUUAGCAUCAGUUAUGUAGUCAUUUAGCAUUUUUAUCACAAAUAAUUUUUAAUUGUCUUAUUUGUCAUCACUUGCCCUUUGACUCGCAUCCACUUCUUACUUGUCCUGUCCUGUCUGUCACUGUUCUGAACUAUAUACAAACCAGUAUAUGAAUAAACACCUUUAAAAGAAAGAAAUAAAGAAAAAAAAAACGAUAAUAUUAAAAGAGUAAUACCUCACACGUUAAAAAAUCACCAGCUUUGUUAUUUGAAAUACGUGUUAUUUACCCUCACUACCUGUUUGUUUAUAUGCACUGUUUAUAUAUUAUUGUUUACAUGGCAUUGCCGAACAAUAUUAUAUGGAUGUGCUAAGCUGAUAUAUACCACCCUUCAGUCUUUUAGAAAUGUUUAUAUCUUACCAUCUUGUGAGAUUAGUGCUCACGGAAACAACAGACGUGUGUUAGUCAUUUGUUUUGGCGGAAUAUACUCUUGGAUUUUAAAUACAUUCAUUUCAUUUUAU